AUGGCACCCGCAAACCCCGACGAAACAGUCCAAUUCCUCUUAAGCUGCAUCCGCUACUCAAACAGCGGCAAGGUCGACUUCAACGAAGUCGCCAAAGCAUGCAACAUCGUCAGCAGAGGAGCUGCCGCAAAACGCUACGAAUGCUUGCUCAAGGCCUACAACGAAGCAGCGAACACGGGCACAACCACCACCGAAUCCGAACUCAACACAGCAGCAGCUUCUCCAGACUCUUCCCCCAAGAAACCCAAACCUGCCAAUGCUGGUCCUCCUAAGAAGUCCAAAGCAAAGGAGGCGGGCGAGAGUUCGAAUUCGAGUUCACCCGCGAAGCGCAAGCCUGCAGGGGAGAGUAGCAAGGUCAGAGCCAAGAAAGCCCGGGUGUUGAAGGAGAGUGUCCUUGAGAGCGCACACAGAAUGAUUGAGCAGAGAUUGAGCCCUGUGAAGGAGGAAGAGGUGUCCGAUGCUGAAGAGGAGAAGGCUCAAGGCGUUGACGCUGAUACGACUGCUGUCGAUGGUAAGACGCUGUUUGACCAGUUUUGA